GACAAGGUUCCUCACUCUGCGGACAAGAUUCCUCACGCUGAGGACAAGUUUUCUCACGCUGAGGACAAGGUUCCUCACGACGAGGACAAGGUUCCUCACGCCGACGACAAUGUUCCUCACGCAGAGGACAAGGUUCCUCACGCUGAGGACAAGCUAGGUUCCUCGUGCUGAGAACAAGGUUCCUCGCGCUGACGACAAGGUUCCCCAUGCUGAGGACAAGGUUCCCCACGAUGAGAACAAGGUUCCCCACGCUGAAGACAAGGUUCCUUACCCUGAGGACAAGGUUCUCCACACUGAGGACAAGGUUUCUCACGCUGAGGACAAGGUUCCGCACACCGAGGACAAGGUUCUCCCAACUGAGGACAAGGUUCCUCACGCUGAGGACAAGGUUCCUCACGCCGAGGACAAAGUUCCUCACGCUGAGGAGAAGGCUCCUCACGCUGAGGACAAGGUUCCUCACGCUGACGACAAGGUUCCUAACGCGCAUGAAUUUUCUGUAGGUUGCGUGAUUGCGCGAUUUAACUGUAAGCUCUUAGCCAAUCAAAUUUCUUUUACCAACUACAAUGUGUAAUAAUUCUUAUUUAACUAUUUUCUUAUUUUAGAAAUUAUUUGUUCGGCCUGGAAACAAGUUAGAUGCACUCCAUCUAAAAAUAUCCGCGUACAUGACGUCAUAUAUGGUCACGUGGUUGGACGCGAUGAAUGUAAUACGCAGCCUACAACUAACUGUACCGCUCCCAAUGGAUUCUGUGAAGUUGCUGAAAAGGUAGAGGGAAGAUCGGUAUCAGAAUGGUUACGUUCAAGCGAUACUAUAUCGCCUCCCCCAUGUGGAGGGAAGGAUAUAUACAUCUUUGUUAAUUAUUCAUGUGUGGAGAUCCUGAGAUUGUCAGGUAAAUUUUAACACUGUGUGCGCGAUUGCAGAUUACAUGCAGCUAUUUCAAUUAAGGUUGUCCACGAGCAAAGCGGAAAAGUCGAAUACGAGCGCGAAAGGCUGCUGGGAAUCGCUUUGAAAAUUCAUUAAUUUGUUGGCGACUCACAGCAGCCUUUCGCGCUCGUAUUGGACUUUUCCGCUUUGCUCGUGGACAACCUUAAUUCAAAAAGCUGUAUACCAUGAUCGUUGGGUUUCAGCAAUGCCAAGCACCAAUUUUAUAGACUUUUGACGGGCUUUAAGUUUUUAAUAAGGCGUUUAUAUAAAUCAACAAUCUGGAUCAUGCAGUUGGCAUAUUUCGGAAAUCAAAAGAUCUCGCUAUUUCGUUGCAAUUACAUUCCACAUCUCAUCAAUAAAUACAUUCUUUUGGUCCGAGUGUAAGGAUAGAUUUUAAUACUAAAUAAAUAACAACCACAUUCUACGGUCUAGAUAUAUAUAUAUAUAUAUAUAUAUAUAUAUAUAUAUAUAUAUAUAUUUUCUUGUAGGUUUGACAUUGCCAUGCUGCCCAAGCGGUAAGCGUACAGUUUCUUUCGGCAAGUCUACAAGUUGAAUAUUGAAAUCUGAUCCAACUUGCUUGAAUUGUAACUCAACACCAGAUUUUAGAGUAGAAAGUCACGAUAUAAAUAUGAAUUUAUGAGUUCUCUUCACGAUUUCUUGUUGCAAAUUUACAGUAAAUUACAUCACCCAAAGUUGCAAUUUUAACCCCCCCCCCCAAAAAAAAAAACACGCUUCUUUCCCACCCUACCCAUAGCAUAAUCUUAAUUUACCUCCCAGAUUCUGGGAGGCAGGUGAGACCCUGGGAACGAGGUCGCUGUGAAGAUUUCUAUCGCCGACGUGGGCGCUGCAGUUCACAAUUACCCAAGUCAAUAAAACUCACUGUACUACAAUUAACAUAAAAGUUUUAAUUCUGUAAUUACUAAGAGUUAUCUAAUUUCCUAAAGUAUUUUUUUUAACAAACCCGAGUCCAACAGAAAGUAAGUACGUCUUCUUUCUUCAGCUAGCCUACAGCGCUUACCUUUCCGCGUAAUCUCAAACUUAUAACAGCGUCGUAUCUUGUUUGUUUAGAAUUUUAGCGGCUAUGUCUUAUGAACAAAUGCGUGACGAAACUUGCUGACAACCUGAACAUUCUUAAAUCGCUUCGAGGUGGUUUUCUGUCGAUCUCAAAUGAACUUGGGCGUAUAUAGUCAGCGAAGUUCAGUGUUCUUCCAACAAAAGCAAGAUGUCCUUCCAAGUUGUCCUUCUCCUGAAGGUCUUCGUCGGUUUUUAAAUGUUUAUGAACUCCUUCCUUGCUUGUCCUGUUUUUCCUCUGCUCGCUUCAAACUCUGGGCUCCUUAUAUAAUCCAUUAAUUUACAUAUUCAUAACAUAUAAUUAUAAUACAGCUAUUCUUUUAUCACACGUUCCCACCAAAGAUCAUAUUACAACUGUAAUUGAUCCAAUGCUGUUAAAAAAUCUGACGUGUACACAUACACCAGCAACAACUCCCAAACCUGUCGGGAAGGAGCAGCCAAACGAAAAAUACCCAUCGGCAGGGAAGGUUCCUACACUCCCACGGGACUUUACUCAAUUCUACUUAACGCAUCUGCGUCCACAUUCUUUUCCCCCGCCUCAUGCUCAUACUCUAUCUCAUACUCUUGAAGAGUCAAAUUCCACCGCAGCAACUUACGAUUUUUAUCCUUUACUUGGUUUAGCCAAACUAAAGGGUUAUGAUCCGUUUUAAGGAUAAACACACGGUCCCAGCAAGGAGGCCGCUAAACCGGAGGGAUGUCAGUUUUUGCAUUAAUUUAGAAAAAACAUCUUCUGCUUGCCUAGUCCAUACCACUUUGGUAGGUUCGAUUUUUCUGGUUAAAUUAAUAAGCGGUGUGGCAAUGUCCGCAAAAUUUUCAUUAAAGCGACGAUAGUAUCCGGCCACACCAAGAAAUGAACGAAUUUGUUUUUUCGUUUACGGCCUCGGAAACUGUAAUAUCGUUUCAAUUAGCGCAUCUCUAGGGCGAUUAUACCACCCCCUACCCUAUGGCCAAUAAAAUCUACCAUAGGCAUAGCAAUUCUGCAUUUUGACGGCUUUGCGCGUAACUUCGCUUCACGUAAUCUAUCAAAAACUCGCCGCAGAUCUGUUAAAUGCUGUUCAAAGGUGGUGGAUGUGUCAAUUUCCACAUCGUCAAUAUUUGCAUCCGCAAAAGCCUCCGACCCAUUUAACACCUCAUGUUUCAUCAUGCGUUGAAACGUCGCCGGCGCAGUUUUCAUGCCAAAGGGCCGGGCAUGAGUGUAAAUUCAAAUAACCCUUGAGAAGUUAUAACAGCAAAUUUCGGUAUAGAAUCCUCAUUUAAUGGGAUUUGCCAAUACCCCUUGGUCAAAUCCAGAGUCGACAUAUACCUAGCUUGGGCUACCUAUUCCAACAUUUGAUCCAUACGAGGGAUGGGAUAUGCAUCCAUUUUGGUAACAUUAUUCAAUUUUCUAAAAUCAACACAAAACCUAAUUGUGCCAUCCGGUUUAAGCAUUAUACCCACAGGGAAGGCCCAUGGACUUUUCGAUGGUCUAGCUAUGCCCAUUUCUAAUAUUUGGUGCAAUUCAUCAUUUACCCUUUCUAUUAAACUCUGCGGUAUUCGGUAAGGAGGUGACCUAAUAGGGGUUGCUUCACCUGUAUCAAUUUUGUGUUCGGUCACAGAUGUCCUACUUGGAAUGUUAGAAAAUAUAUUCGAGUAUUCUUGUAACAAAAGUUGCAUAGCACUCAAUUGUUCAUUGCUUAACUCAGGGGAAAUUUCCACAUCACGCCAAGUCUCUUCUUGAUUUCCCCAAGGGUUACAACCCUCCUGUUUCUCAGGACAUAUAGUGCAAGGACACGAAAAUGUUGCUAACUCCUCCCAGGUCUUCCACAGUUUCAAUAAAUUAAUAUGAUAUACACGUUUUUGUUUGUCCCCCUUUCCCCUAUCAACUUCAUAAUUUAAUCCAUUCUCAAACACUUUACUUACAAUAAAGGGUCCUUGCCAUUUCAUCUCUAAUUUACUUCCGGGCGUAGGGAGCAACACUAACAUCUUAUCUCCCACCCCAAGAAGCCUUCGGGAACUCUGCCGAUCAUAUAAUUUCUUUUUUUUCCUGUGUUCCUUUCAAAUUUUUAUGAACAGUUUCUUGCAUUUGUGUUAAUCUUUUGCAGGUUUCUAAUACAUAAUCUAGGUAGUCGUUCGAUAUUUUCGAAGAAACCCAAGCGUGUUUGACAGCAGUCAAAGGUCCUCGUACGGUUCUUCCAAAUAAUAAUUCAAAAGGGGAAUAUCCUGUUGACUGGCACGGCACUUCCCAGUACGCAAAUAAUACAAAAGGCAGAUACUUAUCCCAGGAUUCAAUCUCCCUACCCACAAAUUUCUUAAGAAUGUGCUUUAGAGUUCCAAUAAACCGUUCCACUAACCCAUUGGCCUCCGGAUGAUAAACUGAGGUUUUUAAAUGCCUAAUUCCCAACAGUUCAUACAACUGUUUCAUUAAAUUCCUCACCAGAUUUGCCCCUUGGUCAGAAACAAUGUCUUGUGGUAACCCUAUCGGGGAAAAUAUAUUCACCAAAGCUUCGGCGACCACCCUUGACUGUGUCAUUUUAAGUCGUAUGGCUUCGGAAUAUCGAGUUGCAUAGUCGACUAAUGUCAAAAUAUAUUUAUACCCGUUUUUACUUCGUGGCAACUCCCCUAUUAAAUCGAUAGCCACUUUCUUAAAAGGUUCCGUAACUAUUUUUACGGGAUUAAGUGGGGCCCUAUUAUUUAGCAAUUUACGUUCAACCAGUUGACACUGAGGACAAGUUGCACAAUAAUUUUUAACUUCACUAUACAACCGGGGCCAAAAGAAGUGCAUAGAUAUUCUUUCAAAAGUCUUUUCUUGUCCCAUGUGACCAGUGAUAGCCUACUAGUAGGUUUAUACUAAAUACGAAUAGCCGCAGAGAAGUGUGAGUAUGGUCCCGCAUUCUAUUUGGCCGACACUUUUUAUUUGCUAACAUAUCAUACUAAAAAUUUCCCUGCAACUACUUUUUAAAUAAUAUCGUUCUACGCAUGUCAGAAAUUGCAUUGCAAGUUGCAGCAAAAGUUUCCUUGUGUAAAAGGCGGAUUUCCAGUCCUCGCACGAAGUUCCUCGCAGCUCGUGCGAGUACUCGCACGAAUGUCAUUCCGUUUCCACCACACGCCAAUCUCGUAACUCAUGGUAUGCCCGUUCGCAGGUUAGGUAGUGACGAGAAGAGUUCAUUUUGUACGUUAUUAUUUCGUAGUCGACAAAAACGACGUACCAAAUACUUAAAACCGUUUUGGGUAAGACCAAUAUUCCAUACGUGAUCACAAUAAACUGAAUUUUAAUUUUUACACUAUUUAAUUAAAGAAUUACGGGAAGAAGACCACAAAGACUACUUCAAUUAUUUCAGAAUGUUACCAAAUCAAUUUGAUUAUUUACACAAUGUGGUAAAGCCACUAAUUCAUAAGUCAAAUACUGAAAACUACUAAAAUUUCUAUAUUUUCAUCACUCCAUCUAGCCGCCAUUUUGAAAACAAAUUAUCAUGGGAUUGUAAACUGUUAUAUGAUUGGUUCAUUAUUGCGACCUCUCGCAGCGGGUAAAAUUAAAAAUAGUUCAAAAUUUUGAACUAUUUUCUUCCAGCGGCAAAACACUCGCACAACGUCUGCAAGUUCUCUCAGCGAGCUGCGAGGAGCAAGCUUCGUGCGGCGAGGACUGGAAAUACGCCUUUAAUAUGGCCUUUUGUUACCUUUGUUCUGAUCUAUCCUUCUGUAAACUAGAACAAUAUGAUAUCCUUCUGUAAACUAGAGCAAUAAGCAUUGGGUAUAAACAAAUGUUAGCCAAAUUUGUCUAUGACUUGUUUUGUUUCAAAUGUUCAAAACACGCGGUUUUUAUAUUUGUAUAUGGUAAUAUUCAAUUUGUAUAUAGGGGAAAACUUUGCAGUUAAGAAACCUGCACAACAAUCAACAACCGCAUACGAAGGCAUUGCUUCCAGAGCUGUUGAUGGAAAGAAAAGCCGCAUCUACAACGAUCGGUCGUGUACCCACACAGCUGAACAAACAGCACCUUGGUGGCGAGUGGAUUUACAACAGCGAAUUACAGUCACACAAGUGAAAAUCGCAAACAGACAGAUACUUGGCGACCGACUUUCUGGUUUCGAGAUAAGGAUUGGAGAUAGUUUGGAAAAUAAUGGAAUUACGAGCCUGAGAUGUGGAACACGACAACAUAUACCUUCUAAUCGGGUAAUGGACGAGUUAGGUUAAAAUGCGGAAGCGGAUGCGGAACGGAGAUGGGGUUAAAACUUAAUUUAAAUCCCAUAUUUGUUUCGUUCCGCAUUUUAACCCCAUAUCCGUUCCGCGUUUCAACCCCAUAUCCGUUCCGCAUUUUAACCCCAUAUCCGUUCCGUUCCGCAUUUUAUCCCCAUCCGUUCCGUUCGCAUUUUAACGCCAUAUCCGUUCCGUUCCGCAUUUUAACCACAUCCGUUCCGUUCCGCAUCCGUUCCGUUCCGCAUCCGUUCCGCAUCCGCUUCCGCAAUUUAACAUAACCUGUAAUUGAACAGAUAGUUUUGUUUGUUUAAAACAUGACUAAAGUCCCAAGUUACAUCAGCUUCACUUUGAGUGAUGUACGUUCACCCUGCAAUGUCGUGGUAGCAACGUAGAUUAUAAGAUGUGUUGAACUUGGUCAUCUUAUACAAACAAAACAAACAAAUGAGACAGUUGUUUGUUUUGGUACAAAUCUCUGUAAAGGUUUGAAUCUAGAGUGCUACAUGGCACCAUAUUAAUUAAUUCGUUUUCCUCUUCGUUUUCAAAAACGUAAGUCGCUAUAUUUAAAAUACUCGCGAUAAUAGUUUUUUUUUACAUAGUGGGGUACAGUCUGGUGUGAUCCCACGUUGAUUGGUCGUUAUGUGACGAUUGUUAUUCCAGGAGAAAAGAAAAUGCUAACGUUGUGCGAAGUCGAAGUCUAUGGUAUUAAAGAAGGUAUGUUGAGAAAUCCCACCAGUAAGAAAAAGUGUCUAAUUUUCCUCUGAUCUUGAAUUUGCUUUUUCAAAUGUUUCUCAAAAAUGUGUACAAUCAGUGGAAAAUUUAACCGUACAUUACUCCAUUAUGUAUGCAACAACAAAGUAUACUUGGCUGCAUGUAUUUCUGUUAAAUGUCUCAAAUGACAGAUAAGGAAGUAUGACUGAUUAUCGAUUAUAGUCCCGAUGCUUGGAAAACUGUUGUGAGUUCCCAGGGCAGUGCCGCCAGGUUUCCGCACAGCAGUUGUUUCAGUUACUUAGUGUAAAUAUAUGUAUAUAGUAUUGCUUAAAAGACGUCAUAGUGAUUCAUUGUAAUUUGAUACCAUUAUUCAUUAAGGCUAAUAUGUAAUUUCAGUUGUGAUCAGAUCGUAGCGAGACGAGGAAGUCUAAAAUCGCGUUCUAAAUAGAAAAUAUUUCCAAGGAAAUAAAUCGAUAGAAUACAGUCCCCUGAAUGUUAUUGAGUGUGAACCAGUGUGCGCGGAGAUCAAAGUGAAGAUCAAAGUAAAAAAUAACCUCCAGAUUGUUAAUCAUCUGAACGUGGCAGCUCUGUUAAAGUUUAUUGCGUUUCUCAAUCAUUGGUGAGCGGAUUUUCCAACAGGCCAUUGCCCAUGCAAUAGAUAGGGGAUCCAAGAUACCUCCUCUUUUGACUUCCUAACUCAUUUGGAAUUUUCAUUAUUAGCUUUGCAAAUUUAAGUUAAAAAACUCUUUGCAAAUCCCUUGAGAGAAUUUGCAAUGUUGCAAUAAUCCAAUGCAAAUUAAGAAACCUCAUUUUAAAUUUUCCUAACCUCCUGUUUUAAUGUCCUGAUUUCCUGUUCUGUUCUGUUCUGUUCUGACUGUUCUGAGCGUUGUCGUUGGUGGAUUAUAUUUGUUAGGCACUUGCAACGCGCAAAACAGUACAAGAAGUUAGGAACUUGCAACAGGAAGUUAAGCAGUUCUAACAGGAACUGACAGAGGAAAGUUUAAAUCAGUUUUAAGAAAAUUGCAAAUUCCCUCAAGGGAUCUGCAAGGGAGUUUUUUGAAUUGCAAAUGUAAUGAGAAAAAUUGCAAUCAAUUUAGGAACUCAAACGAGGAACGCUUCACGUAGUUUACCUGUAACGUUGAUAUGUUGUGAGAAAAAUGAACAUAAAUCGAUAGGAAUUUCUUUGAAAUAUAUAAGCUCCUUCUUGGUGAUUGAUUUAAAGUAAUUUAUCGGCUCUAAGGAAGUCAUAGAUUUUUAGUAGCAUUGCAGAACCAAUAGCUACCCAAUUCACAACUUCAGAUAACUCACAUGCUUCGUUACUAUUGUUAUAGUUUACGGAAGCAUAGAAUAAACCAAAGUAACUACAGGGACAGCGGGGCCUGUUUAAAAGUGUGUGUGGGGGAGAGAGGGGGGGGGGGGUCAGGAUAGCACGGGAGUUAUUCCACGCGGGCAGGCUUGAUUAUAUCCGGUAAUUUUUUAUUAUCCCUCGAAAAAGUUGAGGGCAUUCCCCUUCCCCCCCCCUUGUUCCGCGGUCCCUGAACUAAGCAUUAGGAUACGAGCAUAGAGAUAAUAGAUGUCUAUUAUUUCUAUGGAUAAGAGUUAUUGACUUAUGUUGAUAAUUCUUAAGCUUAAGGUGGCUCUCUACUUAUGAAUAACAACUACAAAAAAUCUGUCAUGUAGAAUUUCUUGAAAUUUUGUUAUGUUUGACUAAUUGUUACGCCUAGCAAAUGUGCAAAAUUUUAAAAAAUUCACCAAAGGAAACGCGAGAAAAAUAGUCCUAAAAGCCUGUUGCAGCUGUUGACGUGACAAAAUAUCGAUUCGACAAGAUCGCUAUUUGCGCAUGCGAGUAAAUUAUAAUGCAUGGGGAACACGAAACGCGUACGGUUUAUUGUUCGCUUUUUUAGUAAUUUUCACUUCGAUUCUUUGGUAAUUAUAUGCAUCACACAGCUAUUUUUUGUUUAUUUGAAAUGAAAAUAAAAGAUAUACAGUGUUCAAAACACGAAAAAUUAAGAACACAAUAACGCAUUGACUUAAUUAAAUUUAGUUUUGUUGUGAAAAUCGGUGUGAAAAUUUUUCAAAACAUUUCAAGUUAAUCAAGUAGAGUUUGACUGUUCGUAUAAAACAACUCGUAACUGUGAUGAUGAUGAUGAUGAUGAUGAUGAUAAACUUUAUUUAACCACGCUAACAUUGUCAGCAGAAGCUGGUUUCCACAAUGGGCGUGUAAAAAACAUUAACAAAUUGUUACAAGUAAAAUAAUAAGGAAGUGUUAACAUGCAGAAUAUAAAAUUAUUAAAAUAUAUACAAAAAGUUUGCUAUUUACAAUGAUGUGGUUCUUUUUAUAAGCUAUAGGUAGCGAUUUUUCUUUUAAAACUUGAGAGCGAAUUACUUUCUCUUAUAUUUUUUGGAAGAGAGUUCCAUAUGGAAGCUCCAUCUACAUGAAACUCUUUUUCAUAUUGUUUGUGUUUGGCUUGGGCAAACGUAUGGUACUUGAGCUGUUACGAAGACUGCGGUUUAAUAUUUCUUUUUUGAAAGUAAAUAAUUCUUUGAGACAAUUUGGCCUCAUGUUAUUUAGCGUUUUAAACAUUAUUUUUGCCUUUGCUGUCAUUCUUUGUUCCUUGAGUGGUUCCCAUCCUAAUAUAUUAGUACAGUUUGUUGAUCUACCUCAUUAGGCACACAUGCUAUUACACGAGCAGCUCUGUUAUGAAGUUUUUGGAGACGCGUGGAUUGCGUUUCACCAAAUAUAUUCCAAACUUCACAAUAGUAGCUAAAGUAUGGUUGAAUUAUAGCAUUGUGUACGGAUACGAGUGUUUUUUGAUCAACAUAUUCUUUAAUGCUUUUAAGAGCGUAUAUUCCAGAAGAUAUAUUUUUACAUAUAUUAUCUGUAUUGCUCUUCCAACUCAAAUUUUCAUCAACAGUCACACCUAGUGUUUUACAUUGAAAAACCUACUUUAUGGGUAUGUUUUGAAUGUGAAUUUUAAGUUGCUGAACAGAAGCUUUCUUCAGCAUCUGUUUAGUACCAAUAAUUUGAAAUUCAGUUUUCGCCACAUUCAAGCUCAGUUUGUUUGCCAUGAGCCAUUUACGAAGCAUUUCUAAAUCUGAGUUUACUGCAUCUUCAAGAUUAUUUAAGCAUUCUCCAGCUGCUGUGAUAUUUGUAUCAUCAGCAAGUUUUGUUUUACUCAGACAUGCAGGUAGAUCAUUAAUAUAGAGUAAGAAGAAUAGUGGCCCCAAUAUAGACCCCUGGGGUACACCACAUUUGACGUCGUUUUCCCCUGAAAUAGAUCCAUUGACUUCACAUCUUUGAGUACGACCAGUUAAGUAUGAUUUGAGUAAUAGAAAUGCACUUCCUGUGAUUCCAACUAGUUUUAGUUUUUGCAAUAAGAUCUCAUGGUCAACAGUAUCAAAGGCUUUUUUUAGGUCUACAAAUACAACCAAAUUAAAAAGUUUUCUAUCCAUGUUUAUGUACCAAUCAUUUGUGCCAUCAAGUAAAGCUGUUGCAGUUGAAUGAAAUUUUUUGAAACCAAAUUGAUGUUCAGAAAGUAUGUUAUUUGCACUCAAAUAUUCAUAAAGUUGAGUAUAUAGGAUACGUUCCAUAACUUUACUAAUGGCUGGCAACACAGAAAUUGGUCGAUAAUUUCCUGGCAAAUUUGGUUUGCCAUUCUUAAAAAGGGGAAUUACUCUUGCAAUUUCCCAUUCAUGUGGAAAAGUACAUAAAGAUAUUGCUUGAUUAAAGAUGUAAGUCAAUGAAUCGGAAAUUAAUGGUGCAGCAAUUUUGAUAUUAUAGUAGCUUUGCUACCAGACAGUUCACGUAAUAAAAGACAAACAUGUCUAACAGUAACUGACUGGAAUGCAGUAAAUUCAGAAUUAGUUUUGUCAAGGAAGUCUUUAGAAUGACAUCCUGGUGUACUAAUUUCUUCGUCUAAAUUCGGUCCAAUAUUUGAAAAGAAGGUAUAGGCAAUUCCAGCUUUUAGUUUAUGCCUGCAGGGGAUGAUGGGAAGUAAGGUAUCAUAUUGCUGAUUAUGCUGAAAAAUUUCAAUAAAAACUACCGAAGCAACCGAAAUAUUUCAAUAUUUACAAGUAUAAGCUAUCACUCCGUGUUUACACGGCCACAAUUUUUAUUUUUUUCAGCAUAAUCAGCAAUGUGAUACCUUACUCCCCAUCGUCCCCUGCACGCAUAAACUAAAAGCUGGAAUUGCAAAUUGAAGCCCUCAGACAUUUCAUCAGGGCUUGUUAAUUUUAUGCCAUUUAAGUUUAAUUCGUUUACUUUAGUUCUUUGAUUUUGUUUACCAAGUAAGGUAUUAAUUGUCUUCCAAGCAGCUUUUGGAUCUUGCUUUUCAGUCGCUAUUUUAUUGGAAUAAUAUUCCUUUUUGGUUUGUCUUAGAAGAUUGUUUGUUUCAUUUCUGGCUUUUUUAUAGUUAUCCCAAUCUGUUUCAAGUUUAGUGAUAAUUGCUUUUCUUUUCAAAUUAUUUCUUGCAAUUAUUAGGUUUUUUAUAUGACUAGUAAUCCUAGGAUUUUUUUUAGAUUUUGUUUUUUUGUUUUGAAUUGGGGCAUGUUUAUCUAGGACUUGUAAGAAAAGUUGUUCCCAAAUUUCCCACAUAGUGUCAGGAAUGUCUGCAAAAAAAUAGACUGCAUGUUCCCAUGUUUGAGUUCCUAGGUCUUGUAAAAACUGCUGUUCAUUGAAUUUUUUCAUAUUUCUAAUUUCAAUUAUGUUAUCAUUAACUUUGUGUCAAUGUUAAUCUUUCUUAUGCCAUAAAUGAGACUGUGGUCACUAAUUCCAGUAUUUAUUACACCACAUUUGGAUAUUUUUCCUGGUUCAUUGGUAAUAAAAUGAUCAAUAAGUGUGGAGGAUGUCCUAGUGAUCCGUGUGGCUUUAUCAAUUAUCUGGGAUAAUUGAUAAAUUUCUAGUAAAGAUUUAAGUGUCUUAGUUGGAUGGUCAGGAAUAGACUUAAAAAGGUCGCAGUUAAGAUCACCCAGUAUAUAGAUUUCCUUGUUUUUAUUAUCAAUCUUUUUUAAUAGGUUUUCAAGACGGAUAAAAAAAUUCGAUGAAGCAUCUGGGGGUAUAUAAACCGUAACAACCACAAAUGGUCUCCUAUACGGUUUAGUUAUCUCUAUGCAUAUAGCUUCUAGAUCGGCUGGUAUAAGAUCUUGUCUGAUUUGAUAGUUUAUAGAAUUACGUAGGUAAAUGCAAACACCACCACCAUUUCUAGACCUAUCUUUUCUUAUAAUGUCAUACCCAUCUAUAUGAAUCAUACCAUCAGUUAUUGUCGAAUUAAGUCUAGUCUCACUAAAUGACAUUAUAUCGAGUAAUUUGUUUAACAUAGUUAAGUUAAUUUCAUCAAAUCUUUUUGGCAAGCUUACUAUAUUUAAAAAAGCCAUUUUACUGUCUGCACUAUAUAUAUUUUUAUUGGAUUCAACAGAUAAAAAUUACAUGUGAACUGUCAUGAGUUGACUGACAGGACUUACGUAAGUUUCAGUGACGGUUCAGUAGUGCCUUGAAGACAGUAUAAAAUAUCGCUUCUGUUCGCGACACUGUUGUUAAACACUAUGAGCGUUUAUGAAAUACAAUACUGAACUCGUAUUAAAUCUAUAAAAACACACGGAACGGUAGGUUAAAAACUAGUGAAAAACAUACGUACUGUUCGAAUUUUUAAAAGUUUAGGAUUAUAAUAAAAAACUGGCGUUAUCAUUGUAGAUAAAAAUACAAAAACAAUUACUUCCCGCGGCUUGUUUCAAGAAUUCUUACCAGGCCACGAAGAUUCCACGCGCGAGUCGCGAGGAUGACGUCUGAUCUAUAUAAGUAUUUUAAACUGGACUAUAACUGUAAGGAGCCACCUUAACGCAUGUUACACGAGGCAAUUAUUCUACAACUUGAAAUGCAAUAGGGCCAGGCAAUUUAACAAUUAAACAACGAGGCCGAGUUGUGUAUUUGCGAAUAGUCAACGAGGCGAAGCCGAGUUGACUGAUUCGCUCAUAGACAACGAGGCCAAGUUUGUAAUGUUUUAGUAUAAACUUAACAAUAAUUUAUUCACAACUAGGCAAAGAAAUAAAAAAAAUACGCAAAAGUAUUAGAUUUUAAUAGAUUAGAUUAGAUUUUAAUAAUUUAUUCUCCCAGAAAUGACGCGCCGGGUCACGCGAUUACGACAUGCGACAUUUUUAGAACUGUCAAGUUUCAAAAACUUUCAACAGUUUUCAACACAUCGUUUCGAGUGUCAGUAAAAUGUCUAUCAAAGGAAAUAAUACAGAGGAAAUAUUAAAGUAUUUAUAUAAAUCACACUGGUAUUUGCACAACAAAGUUUUUAAACCAAAAGUUAGGAAUAAUAAUUGUUGUUUACGAUCGACACAGUGCAACCAUGGAAGCUGUAACAACUGCGGUCCUCGCAUCUGGAUGUUGGUUCCGUUUUGAAGGUUUUCAUUAUUCAAACUGAAAGUCAUCACAGUCACAAAGGAUGUUGACUCUUUGCUGGAACUGGUUUUCAAUGCGGCGAGGGAAUUAUGAGCGGAUUCAUCGGCAUCGAAUUAAAUAUUUUAAUUUUUUGUUCCAGUAAAAUGUUUUAAAAUUCAGUUCUAAUUUUAAAAUUUCAUUGAGUGUAUGUUAUUUUAUCUACCCUUAAAAAUUGCCAUUCCGUAUUUGAUUGCUUUUUGAGUGUGUGUGUUUUUUAAGCACAAAAAGCAAGAAAAAAAGCAGCACAAAAACAGCACAAAAAUCAAGCAUCCAGAAAGUCGUUCAAGAAAUCAUUUGAAACUUCGGCCAAACGCGAAUUCGCUCAAAAUGUUUUGAAUUUUGCUACUAGUAGGUUGUCACUAAUAGCCUACUAGUAGCGUAGCCAACCAGAACGCACGAUAAAUGAUUGCCUAUACUAGUAGGUUUAUAUAGGAUAACAACUGAAUGGGAGGUCUAGGAGGUCUGACCGAAGCGCGCAGGCCGAGCUCUUUAAUUUCAAUGAAAAACCAAUCAUGAUGUUUUUAUGUUGUUUAUAUACCUGUCACAACCAUUUGCUAUUGUCCUCGAGAGGUUGCAGUUGUGGGACGAAAUAAGGUGUAACAUGCAUGCGCAUUACAUAUACGCUUUAAUGUGGUUAAGCAGGUGCAGUGUAUUAUACUCUUGCCUAAUGGUAGAGUUUGACGGGCUUUGAGGUACACGGCUGUUGUCUCUUUCUCGACUCAGAGACGUGCAGCGUUUUCUACUCGAAAAGGAGGUGUGGGCACAGAGAAGAGAUAUACAGAGAGGAAACUCGCGGGAAAUUUUGUCACGCCGAUAUUUAACUAUUUAAAAUUGUAUUAAUUCACUAUUUUAUUAAAUUUUUAUAAUACAGAAAAAUAAAACUAUACAUACUUAUGGAAGUAUUCGUGUGUUUUUUAUGCAAGAGUUAUAUUUUGAGGAAUUUAUAUCAUUCGCUGCUUUGUUAUUUAUACAUGAGCAGCUGAAAUUCCUAGCCGGUUCAUUUCACGAUUUUAAUAAGGAGUAUAACAGGAGUUAAUAAAAAAGUUCCGUUAUUCUACAAUAAUUUGUCUAUGACGUCCUGUUUUGUUUCAAAUGUUCAAAAUGCGCGGUUUUUAUAUUUGUAUAUCGUAAUAUUCAAUUUGUAUAGGGGAAAACUUUGCAUUUAAGAAACCUGCAAAACAAUCAAAAACUACGCACGGAGGCGUUGCUUCCAGAGCUGUAGAUGGAAACAAAAACCGCUACUACACCAGUGGGUCAUGUACUCACACCGCUGAACAAACAACACCUUGGUGGCGAGUGGAUUUACAACAACGUAUUGCAGUCACUCACGUGAAAAUCGUAAAUAGAAACCGAAUUGGGAAGCGGCUUUGUGGAUUCGAGAUUAGGAUUGGAGAUAGUUUGGAAAAUAAUGGAAUUACGAGCCCGAGAUGUGGAACUCAACAACAUAUACCUUCUAAUCAGGUAAUUGAACAGACAGUUUUGUUGGUUUAGAACAUGAUUAAAGUACCCUGAGGGCCACAAGUUUAUUAGCCUUGGCUAUUUAGUGCUACCCUCUUUAAAUAAAGCUUUUACUUACUUACUUACUUACCCAAAUUUACAUCAGCUUAUUAACUUUGAGUUCCGUACGUUCACCAUGCAAUGUCGGGGUAGCAACGUAGAUUAUAAGUUGUGUUGAACUUGGUCAUCUUAUACAAACAAAACAAACAAAUGAGACAGUUGUUAUUAAUUCGGUUUCUUAGUCGUUUUCUAAAAUAUAAGUCGCUAGCUAUAUUUGCAAUACUCGCGAUAAUAAUUAACUUUUUUGCAUAGGAAGGUAUUGUCUCGUGUGUGCCGACGGUAGUUGGUCGUUAUGUGACGAUAGUUAUUCCAGGAGUAAAGAAACUACUAACGUUGUGCGAAGUCGAAGUCUAUGGUAUUAAAGAAGGUAUGUUGAGAAAUCCCACCAGUCAGUCAGUCAGUCAGUCAGUCAGUAAGAAGAAAGUGUCUAAUGUUCCUCUGAUCUCGAAAUUGCCUUUUUCAAAUGUUCCUCAAAAAUGUGUAAAAUCCAUCAGUGGAAAAUUUGACUGUACAUUACGUCAUUAUGUAUGCAACAACAAACUGUAGUUAUGUUGAAUGUCUUAAACGACAGAUCAGGAAGUAUGAUAUAAUGAUUCCUUAAGGUUUUCCCAUACCGUAUGUGUAAAAAAUUGGAACUUUUUCUCAAUCUUCUUGCUAAGAUAAAAAUUCCUCAAGAUUCUGAGAUCGCACUUUUUCCAGGUCUGCUGUCAGCCGCCAAACAGUCAGUCAGUUGGUUGACGGUCGGUCAGUAAGAAACGUCAACAUUCUUUUUCAGGCAACCAAAGUCUCUGCCACUGAACUUCAAUUGAACACUGAACACACGCUUGCGUUAUUGAAUUUUUUGUGCAAAAUGGCAAAAAUAUUUGAAAGAUUAGUACUUUUAACUAUACAAUGAUGAAUUUUCGAAAUAUAUACUGUAGGGACGUUAUUUUGCAUGUGUGAGCUUUUAUGCGGCGGUCACACUAGCGCUACCCUGGCCCAGAGUUUUUUUUAGGUUUUGCGAACGCGAAAUGCGAGAAAACGCGCGAAGAAAAAGGAAAAACCUCUGGUGAAUUUGUUAGCGAUUCCUGGUUCAGAUAAAGAAUGCACAAAAUGUAUAAUGGCUUAAUGCAUCAUAUUCUAAAAAUAUUAUCCAAUCAUUAUCCUUGACGCCUGGCCGUCUAGACAGGGUUUUAUUUAAAAAUAUCGCAUGUAUACUGUCCAGUGUAUGCCUGCCCAUUUGUAGGCAAUUGAUAAAACUAGAAUAGUGAAGCGAAUAGUGAGAAUAGUGCGAAUAGUCGACGAAUAGUACGAAUAGUCCGCGAAUAGUCAACGAAUAGUGCGAAUAGUCCGCGAAUAGUCGACGAAUAGUCCGCGAAUAGUCGACGAAUAGUACCAAUAGUCAACGAAUAGUAGGAAUAGUCCGCGAAUAGUGCAAUAGAGAGUUUGCAAGGCUUUGCACCGUGCUGUAGAACUCAAUUUACCGAAGCGGAGCUGGGGGGGGGGGCUCUAUUGACAAACAUGAAUUCGUGAAAACAUUCGUUGAUGUCAAUGACGUCAUACGUAAUCGGUAAAAAUUACGGGACCACUGAGUUUUAACAAAUAUUUAACAGGAAGUAGAAUGACAAUCACUAGAAUGACGUUUUCCACUGGGCGAAUUUGUUCGCGCGAAGCGACAAGUAAAAGAGUAGGAACUGUUCCACAGGGCCGUGCCAACCGGUUUCUGUUUGCAUGGGGGGGGGGUAUUUCCUAACUUUGGACCCCUUUCCAUUCCAGGCCCCCCCCAAAAAAAAACUUUUUCCGGAAAGCAAAAAUUUUUUCGGAGAAUGUUGGCCCCCCACACCCCCCAGUUGGCACGGCCCUGCUGAUCCAACUUUUUCGCGGCGAACCAAUCACAUUGCCGAAAUUUGGUUUUCGCUUUCGCGCGAACAAAUUCGCCCAAAAACGGGCUUAAUAAAUAAUAAAUCGAUACCUUCUCUUGUUUCGUGAUGUAAAUCACGUUUUCCAAGCACACGAAAUCACUUAAGCCCUUAAAUCUUCAGUUACAACGUCACAACUUACAAGUAAAAUUCCUAUAAAAUUCCAUCAGUAAAAUUCAUGACUCAUACGGUUGCCAUCAGGAAUGAUGAUCAAUAAAAAAAUAUGAAUGACGAUGACUGAAUUUUAGCCGAAAGCUAGAAUAUUAAAAUGUUUAGUAUCGAAGUUACCGUUGUUUUAUAUUUUAUUAAAAUACUCAGUGGUUCCCGUAAUUUUUACCGGUUACGUAUGACGUCAUGACGUACGUCAACGAAUGUUUUCACAAUUUCAUGUUUGUCAAUAGAGCCCCCCUCCCCCCCCUCCCGGUAAAUUUAGUUCUACAGCACUGCUGCAAAGCCUUGCAAAGUCUCUAUUGCACUAUUCGUCGACUAUUCGUACUAUUCGUCGCCUAUUCGCGGACUAUUCGUACUAUUCGUCGACUAUUCGCGGACUAUUCGUACUAUUCGUCGACUAUUCGCACUAUUCGUACUAUUCGUCGACUAUUCGCGGACUAUUCGUACUAUUCGUCGACUAUUCGCACUAUUCGCUUCACUAUUCUAGUUUUAUCAAUUGCCCCUUCUUGUAGCAAUAUUCAGUCUCCUGAAUUUCAUUCAAUUUAAAACAUCACAUCUAUUCAAUUUAAUAUAAAUAUAUAUUUAUAUUCCUUUACUUUAAUCUUGCAAUAUACAUUCAAUUUAAUCCUGCAAUAUAAUUCAAAAAAUCCGUAUUUAAAUUUAUUAAACACACCUCUUUGGGCCGACGUGAAUUUUGUCUGUUAAUUAUACAAAAGCAAGCAAAUUUGUCUUGUAGAUUCCAAAUGAAACCAUUUCUCUCCAUUUCGCAUUUCGAAUAAUAGACUCGGGAUUACAAAAUACGAAUGUAAACUCUCCAUCUAGUAUUGCUUUCUUGUCCUCUUCGUUUGACAGCAGGGGCGGAUCCAGACCGAUGCCAACGAUGCGAAUGAAUAGUUCAAAAGUGAGAAAUCAUGUUGCUUGAAAUUAUAUAUAGACAUAUUAUGCUGUCGUUACUAGUCAAGCACUCAGUAAUAGAAUAUAUUUGAAUCUCUCCAGCUACCAAACCGCAAAUAUUUGCUUAAACUUGACUCCAUAUCAGGAAUACACUAUUUAGGAUGAAAUCCGAUUUAAAUAGUCUCAAUAAUAGUCGAAGUUGUCAAAAUAAGUCCAAUAUGCGACGUGCGAUCGCAAAUGUGUACUUUCUGUCAUAUACUUUUUAUUUUGCGACACUUAAGCAUCAAUAAUUUCGCGACAAAAUAUGUUAAUUUUUACCGCAUCAUUUGACGUCACAGUAGAAAGCAUUCUCGUACCCAGAGCCCUUCUUACGCGCGGUGCGACGAGGGGCUCUGGCCAAAUCCAUAACCGGACACCGUAAAAACACGGUAAGAAAACAAUAUCCGGUGUUAGAACUAGCCAAUCGGAUGCCAGUUCGGAAUAUGGAUUUGGCCAGAGCCCCUCGUCGCAACACGCGUAAGAAGGGCUCUGGGUACGAGAAUGAGUAGAAAGCUGAUGCAUCACCUACGUCACGGUAGAUUUGGUUUGCAUCGAUUUUCAGUCAUUUUCCAUCAGUGAAUGCAUCGGUGCCGUGUCCUUUUCCGCGCGAAAUCUACUGCGACAUCAAAUCUAUUGUUUCAGAGCCCUACAUCACGGUAGAUUUGUUCGAUGAGCGAUGCAUCACAUGCAGAUUGCGGGCGCUCGCAUCGGUCCACUGAUGCAAAUUGCAAAAUCAAAAUCUACUGUGACGUAACGAGGCAUUCGAUUCAAGUUAUGGCGGCAACUAUGAUAUGCAAACACUAUAUGGAAAUGAGACAUAUAAUGCGAAGAAAUAUCCCUCGAAAUUGACGGAGAAAACGGAGAACAAUUUAUUAAUUUACCAAGGCUUGGAAUGAAUCUAAUCUUUCAACUGAGUACAAGAAUUGAAGUAUAUCCCCUACCAGUUGCGACACAAAAUAUCCAACCCAAAGAAAAAGCCGCAAGAAAAUUUUCUGUACGCAUGUCAGGGCUUUUAACAGAUAAGAGGGGAUAUCACCAGGUCCACGCUCAAUAUCAAUCUCAAUCUAUGUCAAAUCGAAAUUCCAAUCGAUAUCAACAUGGAAAAAGGACAAAAGCAUCAGUGCAAUGCCCUUUUUUGAAAAGAAAUGGCCACUGCCUGAAGGGCUCUAGAUGCGAUUUUUCUCAUAAUUAUGUCCUACCUACAAUAUGUGAGCCGAAAUUCCGACAAAACCCUAUUCAAAGAGCUCCCUCUUUUAAUAUUCCACAAACCGAUUGUUACCAACUUCCUUUUCCCUUCAAUCCAAACUAUUUUCCCACGAUCCAACACCCAAUUUUCCAACCGUUACCGUACCCGUAUCCUUUACCACUUAUACCACCACUUUUGUCUCUAGCACCAAAACCCCACAUUCGUCCAUCAACACGAUAAGGAGCCGAUGUUAUGAUCAGUCUGUGGCAAUAACCCCGCCAGAUCAAAAUAUUAAACAUGUCAAUCACAAUGUAUUAAAGAAAGUCCAUUUCCAAAAACAGUAUGACAUACCCGCCUUCAUAUCUACGAAUGUUAGGAAACUAGAUAAUAAAUUAGAUGAAUUACAAGAGAUUACCGUACUAAACAAUGCUAAGGUAGUAUGUAUAACAGAAACGUGGCUUACAAUGCAAAUUCCUGACCAUAUUAUUGCGAUGCCAGGUUAUAACCUCUUUCGAAAAGACAGAACCCAUACCGUUGGAGGUGGGGUGUGCAUGUACAUUCAUAAUAGUAUUCCCUGUAAACAACUUGAAGAGGGUAUCGAAGAUGAAGUCGAAGCCCUGUGGAUGCUGCUGAGACCACAUAAAUUACCUAGAAAUAUUACGUGUAUCGUUGCUGUCGUGAUAUACCACACAACAUCCAAUCGCGAACCUGAGAACUUAAUACUAAAGGAUCAUAUUCAACGUAACCUGGAUAACCUACUAAGGAAAUAUCCAAACGCCCUAGUUGUAAUAACUGGAGAUUUCAAUCCAAAUUCAACAGGAUUAAAACAGACAUACCUAACAUUACCCAACCAUCUUAAACAAUUAGUUACUUUUAACACAAGAGAAUCAAAUAUCCUUGACUGGUUUUUAACAAAUCGACCAAAGCUUUUCACUAUGCAUCAACUCCCUAAAAUUGCGUCAUCAGACCAUUUUGCAAUCCUAGCAAAACCUACGGGUCCAAAUAAGAAUAAUAUAGAAACCAAGAAAGUCAAAACACGAGACAUGAGAGACAGUAACUGGCGUGCAUUUGGUCGCUGGAUGACAACAAAAGACGGACCCCUGUAAUGGAAAAAACCUCCUGCGAAGACAAAUUUCAACUCUUCCUUUCUGAGUUAAAAAAAGCACUAGAUAUUUACUUACCAGAGAAAACAGUCACAAUCCAUCAGAAUGAGCGACCUUGGAUGACGAAAGAACUUAAAUUCAUGAUUAAAAAGAGACAAAAUGCAUUUAUCAAAUAUGGUAAAAAUUCUAGGCCGUACAAGAAUGGAGGAACAAAGUCCAGCAAAAAAUAAAAACCGCUAAAGCUGUUCAUUAUGAACACAAGAUAACAAACCUAGAUCAGUGUAAUAGUAGCAAAUGGUGGAAAAAGCUUAAAUCCCUUACUGGACAGGACAUUAAUUAAACAAGAGUGGUAUCAUCAAUUUUUAAAGGAUAACAUAGAUGUGAAAACAUUAGCAAACAAAAUCAACGAUAUGUUCUUGAGUGUUACGGAGAACUUUUCACCACUACACAGCAAAACGAAAAAAUUCAUGUCCCUGUGGAACUUCUGGCUACUGUACAAGAGGUUCAAUUUUCAUUAAAAAGUAUCAAACUUUCCAAGUCAGUAGGUCGAGACAACUUACCAAACAAGGUGCUAAAGGAGUUUGCUCCGGAAUUAGCCACAGUUAUACAAGACAUUUAUAAUCAGUCCUAGACUGAAGGCUAUGUUCCCCAAUUAUUAAGAUGCUCUAUUAUUUCUCCCAUACCAAAAGAAAACCCUCCGCAAACUAUUGAAAAAGACCUGCGCCCGAUAUCACUUUCGUGCACUCUAGCAAAAGUGAUGGAAGGUCUGUUUUGUAGACGUUUCCUACCACAGUUAGAAGGAAAGAUUGAUAAAUACCAGUUUUUCUGUAAAGGCCUAUCAACAUCGGAUGCAUUAAUAAGCUUCCUUCAACCCAUUUACGAAGCAAUUGACAAAGGAAACAAUACAGCCCGAAUUUUCUUUACAGAUUUCUCCAAAGGAUUUGAUCGCAUAGACCACAAUAUACUUAUAGCGAACCUUCAAAAACUUAAUAUACAUCCUGCUCGUACUAACUGGGUGUCAGCCUUCCUGUCAAACAGAAUGCAAGCAGUUCGAAUUGCCGGAGUACUGUCCGACUGGAAACGUCCGAAUGGCGGAAUCCCGCAGGAAACAAAACUGGGUGUAAUAUUGUUCUCUGUGAUGACAAACGAGCUCCUUACCGAAUGGAGACUAAGAACAAAAUUUGUGGAUGAUACUACAGCUCUAGAAAUGAUUCCAAGGAACUCGAUGAGCCUGACCAACAUAGUAGCGGACAACAUUAAUGAUUUUGCUGAAAACAAUCAUGUGAAACUUAACCCUAAAAAAUGCAAGGAGAUGGUAAUAGAUCCUUUAGAGUACAAUACUACGGUAUUAAGACCUAUAACCAUAAGUAAUACCACUAUCGAAACGAUAAAGAAAUACAAACUUCUUGGAGUUAUUUAA